CCAGUACAGAGUAAUUAACAUUACAAAGGUUGUAUGUUAAUGCAUGUUUAUGGGAUAAAGGAAUAUACAGAGAUCGAGAUGUCAGAGAAACACGGCAUUGAGGAUUUCAAGGAGAAGGUGAUCGUGCCUGAAAGGCGCGAGGAGGUAAAGGCACGUUACGAAAAAUUUCAGAAACAAGCAAAGUCAGCGAUGAAGAAAGAACUAGACGUGAAUAGCCUGAGCAUCGUCUUGUGCGUGUUAUUGACCAUUUCAAGUACAUGCUUUGGAGCUUCAGUAACUAUUGACGGGAAGGAUGUUGACUGUGCGUUAAAUUGUACUUGCUGUAAAGGAGGUGUCACAGCAUGUGCAAAUAAUGUUUGUUUUCAUGGCUGUGUUGAAGGAAUAUAUGGUUACAGAUGUCACCACCCGUGUCGUGGAAAUUGCUCUAAGUGUUCACAAGAAUCAGGUCGCAAAUGCUACACCUGCAAGGAAACAUUUUUUGAUACAAAAAGUUAUUGCAACAAGACCUGUGCUUAUCAGAACUGUCGAUGUACUAAACCGGAUGGAUGUGAUUCUUGUAAGGCGGGAUUUUAUGGCGUGAGCACCUUCUGUCAAACACAUUGUCCUUUAAAAUGUGGGAACGGGGUUUGUAACGAUGAUGGAAGUUGCAGAAAUGUUUGUGUGAAUGGGAAUGGGGGUCAAACAGAUAUGAUUAAAGAAUGUCUCAAUUGCUCACAAAAUAACAGCAUAUGUACACAAUGCGCUAAGGGAUUUUAUCCAGAUAUACAUGGCAAUUGUACAACAUGUAGUAAAACUUGUAUCGAUAAUUUAUGUGAUGCAAGCAGUGGUCGAUGUGCUGCAGGAUGCGUUGAAGGAUAUUGGGGUGAACAGUGUGAUGAACGUUGUACUAUUCUUUGUAAGACUUGCGACAGAUUGACCGGUUAUUGUAAUACGUGUGUACUAACAUCUUUACACGGGUUAUACUGCAAUUCAACAACUGCUGCUUCUGGAGUCAGUGUUGGAAUAACUGCAGUGAUAGGAGUCAUUGCUCUCUUAGUAGGGGGAAUGACAUGUGCAUUGAUCAUAGCAGUUAUUCUGAAAUGGAGGCGUAGAGUAAAGAAAAGCAACACUGUAGUAAGUCAUGAACAGCGCCCAGCUGUUACAGGACAUUCAAAUAUGGGUGUCAGCACUGUAUACGAUGAAUUAAAAAAGAAUCCAGAUGGAACAACACAACAAGACGAUCAUCAGUAUAUAAUGAUUGAAGCCAACACUGUUCAAGUGGGUCACAUCGCACGUGGGGAGAAUGAGAGGAACUGCGAAGAUGUUGCUGGAAAUGUCUAUUACAACGUGCGGUAGAUCUUGUAUACGACAUAAUGGAAACUACAUAACCAACACAGUUUAUGACAACGUUAUUGUUAUUUUAGAAAUAACGACAAACGUUAUGAAGUGUAAACCAACAAACGGCAAGCGUAGCAUGAAUAAACUGAAAUAUUUACUUUUACUGUCAUGUAAAUUGGUUUUAAUCUAUAUACACUUGACUGUACAGUCGAACCCUGAUGGGUCGAACUCCCAGAGACCGGCAAAAAUUCAUCGAGCCUCGAAAAAUUCGAGCCAAGCGGGAUUAUUUACCUACAGUUAAAAUAAAUUGAUCAUUUACAUCUAGUUCGACCCAAUGAGGAAUUCGAGCCAAGCGAGUUCGAGCCAACGGGGUACGACUGUAUUAUUAUUAUUGAGCCUAUUCUAAAAAUAUCCCUAAAAAUAAUGAUAGUACAGAUGCAUUUUGAAUAUGUGUAUUGUUUAUAAAAAAUGCUUUAUUAUGUUACGACUAAAAUAAGUAUAUUGCAAAACAUAAAAAUGAUAUUUACAACUUCGCUCUCAUCAUCCAUUUAUGCCUUUGAUAAUUGAAUUAAGUUGCCAAAACUGUUGUUAGUGUUUUGAAUCAACGUGAAUUAGCGGGAAAACAUACUGAUUUGGAUAUUGUUUUAGUAUUCUGCUUUUUUUUAAACCAAAAGUAUAUGUUUCAUGGUCCAUUUUCACAGCUACAGCUACCCUCUUGAUUUUCAAAAUGUCCUUCAUUUAAAUUGUAAUGCAGGGCAUAAAUCAUAAACUAAGAGGACUACAGUUUGUCAUUCAACACUAUUACAUUGUGUAUCUUUAACAAAAACAUUGAACAUACUUGUACAAAUGUGUAUGUCAUUAUCGUUUGUUGUAAAUAAAUAAGUUGCAUAUAUCUCUUCCUUUAUUCCUCCGUUGUUUUCUAUGGUCAGCAGUUUGGAUGUGUUUGUUUGAUAAUGAAGAUACGUC